AUGCAGGUCGAGCUGAUGUACCGCAUCAACCUUGCCAAGUUCCUCCAGCAUCCGGAUCUGCAGAAGGAUCUGCUGUCCACGGGGGAGUGCGACAUGGUGGGUGCAGGGAGCACCAGCUGGAAGACGAAGUCGGGCGCCAUGGUCAACUGGAGCCUGUGGAAUGGACGCAUCCAGAUGCGCGUGCGUGAAGAGCUGCGCCCAGCAGCCGAGCGACGGCAGGAGGUGCUGGAGGCCAUGGUCAAGGAGUUCGAGGACUACCUUCAGGGCGAGGGCGGCGCGAAGGAGCCGAUCCCCGAGGCGUCGCCACCCGAUGAGACCGGCCCGGAGGCUCCAGGAGGCAGCUGA